AUGGAAAUUAACGAAGAAAGUAACGGAAAAGAUAAGCUAAGAGAUAAAAUCAUAUACUUAAAUCAACAAUUGGAUAUUUACGGGUAUCCGGCACCUUUAAAUUUUCUCGAUAAUAACGAAGAUAAUUCCGUUAAUAAUGUUGUUGAAUGUGUACUUUCAUUAUUACAAGACCUUCAAAGGGCUUCUGGAAGUCAAGAAGAAUUAAAUGAUAAACAUCGAAGGUUACAAAGUGAUUAUGAUUUGACUUGUCUAAAUAAUAAAGGAUUAAAAAACAAAAUCGAGAUAAAUGAGCGGGAAAUCGAUUUAUUGAAAUCAAAAAUACUGAAGGUAGAAAAUGAAUUGAAAUGUGAGUUGGAGAAACUUAGGCUGACCAAAGAUGAACUAACAAAGACGAAAUUAAAUUUGCAAUAUACCAAGACGCAAGCGGUGCAUGAGGUUAAAAAACGGGAAUUGGAAUAUACCAGAUUUAAAGAAAAGAUGCAAAAGUUGCUUAACGAUAGUUAUAGGAAGGCAAAUAUAGGAUUACAAAUCGUAAAUCCUAUUUCAAAACCUUUAAAACGGCGUUUGAGCUCAUCUAAUUAUAAUGACCAUGUGUUAUCAAGAAAACAUAAUAAAUCAGAUGCCGAUAUGUUCAAGCAAAUCGUUGCUGACGCAGAGGCCCGUGAAAAAGAAUUAUUGCAAGAGAAUUCCAAGUUGAGAAAAUUACUCUUUGACGUUCAAAAUCACGUCAGCACGUUCGUAGAGUCGCAUGCACAGCUAGGCGAUGAAUAUGAAACUUCGAUAGAUCCAGAGUUGGCCAAUUUGCAAGCACCAGAUUCAUAUAAUCCAAAAGCUGCUAGAUUCCGACUCCCUUUCGAAAUGUUUGCGAACAAUAUUGAAGAAGAAAUCAAGGAAUUACUUUUGGCACUACAAUGUGAAUGGGAAAAUCGCCCGGCUAACAUGGUAGCAGAAUUUGAAACCAAGGUAGAAGAAAAUCGCCAACUACAGUUAGAAAUUGACUCUCUAAGAAAUCAACUCGCUGAGGCUGCUACAUUUGUGGAGGAAGCUCAGAUCAUGAUUAAUAAUUUCAUUGAGAGUGGUUUUCAAGAAGGUCAAGGAGAAUUCAAACUAAACGUUUCAGGGAAUGAAAUUACUUUACCCGAAUAUGACGAGCUUGAUGAAAAUUUACAAUUGAAACGUAAUCAGCUUAAUCAAGAAAGGAAAACAUUUACCGAAUCGCUUAUCCGAUUGGGCAAAGAUAGGGAACAGAUAUUGAAAGAACGAAUUGAAUUUGAACAAGAAAAAAGAGCGUGGAAAACCUUACAUCCAACACCGACAUUAAUGGCUGAAGAAACCCCGACACCAUCUCAUAAUUAUGUGAUGACAGAAUCUAGUCCGCUUACACCGUUCUUGGAAAG